GGGCCUUUAGGCCGCGGUGACCAACCCCCGCCCCUCACCCCACGUGGUUGGAGGUUUCCAGAAGCGCUGCCAGCGCAGAGUCGUACCGCUCCCGGCCGCCUGAGCGCUUGCUUGCUGCUUCGAACCCCCUCGGUCUAGCCGCCAUGAUAAGCGCCAGCAGAGCCGCAGCAGCGCGUCUCGUGGGAGCCGCAGCUUCCCGGGGCCCCACGGCCGCCCGCCACCAGGAUGGCUGGAAUGGCCUUAGCCACGAGGCUUUUAGAAUUGUUUCAAGACGGGAUUAUGCAUCAGAAGCAAUCAAAGGAGCAGUUGUUGGUAUUGAUUUGGGUACUACUAACUCCUGUGUGGCAGUUAUGGAAGGUAAACAAGCAAAGGUAAGCAUGAAUGGUACAAAAAUCUUUUGUUUUUGUGUCUUCAGCAAAAAUGUUCCCUUUAAAAUUGUCCGUGCCUCCAAUGGUGAUGCCUGGGUUGAGGCUCAUGGAAAACUCUAUUCUCCGAGUCAGAUUGGAGCAUUUGUGUUGAUGAAGAUGAAAGAGACUGCAGAAAAUUACUUGGGGCACACAGCAAAAAAUGCUGUGAUUACAGUCCCAGCUUACUUCAAUGACUCACAGAGACAGGCCACAAAGGAUGCUGGCCAGAUAUCUGGACUAAAUGUGCUUCGAGUGAUUAAUGAACCGACAGCUGCUGCUCUGGCCUAUGGGCUAGACAAAUCAGAAGACAAAAUCAUUGCUGUAUAUGAUUUAGGUGGUGGAACUUUUGAUAUUUCUAUCCUGGAAAUUCAGAAAGGAGUAUUUGAGGUCAAAUCCACGAAUGGAGAUACUUUCUUAGGUGGUGAAGACUUUGACCAGGCCUUGCUACGACAUAUAGUGAAAGAGUUCAAGAGAGAGACAGGGGUUGAUUUGACUAAAGACAACAUGGCACUUCAGAGGGUGCGGGAAGCUGCUGAGAAAGCUAAAUGUGAACUCUCCUCAUCUGUGCAGACUGAUAUCAACUUGCCAUAUCUUACAAUGGAUGCUUCUGGACCCAAGCAUUUGAAUAUGAAGUUGACACGUGCUCAAUUUGAGGGGAUUGUCACUGAUCUAAUCAGGAGGACUAUUGCUCCAUGCCAAAAAGCUAUGCAAGAUGCAGAAGUCAGCAAGAGUGACAUAGGAGAAGUCAUUCUUGUUGGUGGCAUGACUAGGAUGCCUAAGGUUCAGCAGACAGUGCAAGACCUUUUUGGCCGAGCCCCAAGUAAAGCUGUCAAUCCUGAUGAGGCUGUUGCUAUUGGAGCUGCCAUUCAGGGAGGUGUGUUGGCUGGUGAUGUCACAGAUGUGCUGCUCUUGGAUGUCACUCCCCUGUCUUUGGGUAUUGAGACUUUGGGAGGUGUCUUUACCAAGCUUAUUAACAGGAACACCACUAUUCCAACCAAGAAGAGCCAGGUGUUUUCUACAGCUGCUGAUGGACAGACUCAAGUGGAGAUUAAAGUAUGUCAGGGUGAGAGAGAAAUGGCUGGAGACAACAAACUUCUUGGACAGUUUACUUUGAUUGGAAUUCCUCCGGCCCCUCGUGGAGUCCCUCAGAUUGAAGUUACAUUUGACAUUGAUGCCAAUGGGAUUGUACACGUUUCUGCCAAAGAUAAGGGCACAGGACGUGAGCAGCAGAUUGUAAUCCAGUCUUCUGGUGGUUUAAGCAAAGAUGAUAUUGAAAAUAUGGUUAAAAAUGCGGAGAAGUAUGCUGAAGAAGACCGAAGAAAGAAAGAACGAGUUGAAGCAGUUAAUAUGGCUGAAGGAAUCAUUCAUGACACAGAAACCAAGAUGGAAGAAUUCAAGGACCAAUUGCCUGCUGACGAGUGCAACAAGCUAAAAGAAGAGAUUUCCAAAAUGAGGGAGCUCCUGGCUAGAAAAGACAGUGAAACAGGAGAAAACAUCAGGCAGGCAGCAUCUUCCCUUCAACAGGCAUCAUUGAAGCUCUUCGAAAUGGCAUACAAAAAGAUGGCAUCUGAGCGAGAAGGCUCUGGAAGUUCUGGCACUGGGGAACAAAAGGAAGAUCAAAAGGAGGAGAAACAGUAGUGAAUUUUGGAGCCAAAAAGAGAACAUAUGAAGCUUGGGAGUGAAGAGACUUCCUGAGCAGAAAUGGGCAAACUUCAGUCUUUUUACUGUGUUUUUGCAGUAUUCUAUAUAUAAUUUCCUUAAUUUGUAACUUUAGUGACUGUUAGCAAAUGAUCGUUUAAUGGGCAGUAAUUCCAACAGUACGAAGUUCACAAUGUUCUGUCCCUAGUCUGUCAUUUUUCAGCUGCAUGUAGAAGAGGGUAGGACACUUUCAUUAUAAAGAUCUAACAUUGUUUUGUGCUGAAGCGGCCAUAUUUUCAAGGGUUGAAACCAUCUCACACAACCAUGAAGGUAGCCAUAGACUGGGAAUGAGAUCUUUUUCUAGCCAAGUACUGCUGUACUGGCAUUUGUGUAAAAGGGUCCUUCACCUGAGGCCUUGUAAGGCAAGCCAGCUGUGCCAUGUUUGUAAGAUUGGGUAGAAGAAGCUAUAACAAUGGAAAACUCGUAAGCUAUUUAUGUUAGUUAGGUACAGUUGUGAAAGGUAAUAAUGGGGCUCCCUAACUUUCCUGAGUCAUACUUUUCUAGCUACUUUCUGGCUCUUGUCUGGCUAUAUCCUUGACAAUUACUCUUUGAUCCAUUCUGGAUUUUUUAAAAAAUAAAUAUGAAAAGCAAUUUGAUCUCAUUUGUGAGGGGUGAGCCCCUGAGAGUUAGCUUCAGGAAUACAAUAUGACUUAUGCUUACUAUAUUUCCCACAGGCAGAAAUACAGGAUUUUCUAGAACUGGCUAAAAAUGUAAGAGUCAAAUUUGCCCUGAGCAAAAAUUUCUGGGUUCUGUUAGAAAGGAGGGAGAAGAGCUGCUAGGUAGCCAUAACUCCUGUUCAGCUGCCCUCAUUGAUAGAACGCUGGUAGAUACCAGUAAACCUGAUGGUAGUAUGACUUAGCCUUAAAAGGUAUAUUAGAAUCCCCAGAGAAACAAAACCACAGAAUAUGCAGGGUGGACAUAAAGUUCGUAAGCAAUGUACUAUGUCCACCUUGUAUGUCCAGAAUGAUUUACUAUGAGGAAUUUAGAGGCUAAAUCUCACAAUCUGAACUGAUGCCCCAGGAAAGCUGCUGCUAAAAAAUUCCAGUCACCAGGAAUGCUAAACGUGUAAAUCUUAGUCCAGGUUUAGGAGAUGACAGAUGUCUUGGUUUAAAUGAGCAGAGAAUUCCAGCCUCCUCCUGCCUGCUUAUUUUUGUUUGGACCUUUUAACUGUUUGGAUGAUGCCUACACACGGGCAUGGGAAAGAGCAAUGUUUUCUGGACACACACCCAGGAAUGUUUAACCACCUACUUGGCGGCAUCUUAUAUCCAAAACAGAUAAAACUAUCACAAAACGCAAAGAAAAAAUUGAUUUGGUUUUAUUCUUCAGUAAAGUCUUCCUUUUUUCGUUA